CAUUAUAUUAUUCGAUUUUAAUUAAGUUAUUAAAGUACAUUGUAAACCUCAUUUUAUUUUUUAGUGUCACAUAUCUGUUUGUCGGCCGAGAGUACUGCUGAAAUAUUGCAAGACGCGUCAGACGACCACCAAUCUCCCGUACAACCGAUCGUCAAUGUUUGCACAUCAACAACCAUUCAUGAUGACCCACCAAUAGUUAAAGAUAAUUACGCCAAACGUACUUUAAAAUCUUUGAAAUGCAUUUCAACACGGUCAAAAAAAAUUUUCCUGAGAUCCCAUUUACCAAAACACAUCUUUAAUGAGUACCGAAACUAUAAGAAUGUGUUCGACAAAUUGUUUUUUUCGGACUUCUUACCUAACAUACCACUAGUUAGAGAUUAUAUUUAUACAGAGGAAAUAAUAAGAAAUGUGCAGAGUACGAUUAUUGUAAAAAAAAGAAAAACUAAAGUUAUGAAAAAUAAGUACUAUUUUAGUAAUAAUACAGUGAGAAUUGUUGCUGCUGGCCUAUCAACUAUCAUCGGGAUGUUUAAAGAUAAAAUAAUGAACGUUGAGUCAUUAAAAUUAUUUAUUCAAUCAACUGGUAAUUUCAACAUGAAGGUCGAAGAUGUGUUAAAUCAAUCUUUGUGUCUAGUAAACACAUGUUGUUUUAAAAACAAAUUAAAAGUGGACACCAAAAUAUCAACAAUCUUUAACAUUGUCAAAGAUGAAAUUGACAUUAACAAAACCAGUUUAGUUGAUAAGGUUAUAAAUUUAAAUGGGAACCUAAAGAAAAAAAAUAAAAAAACAAUUAACAUAGAAAAAAAUAAAAUUAUGAAAAUUAUUAAUGGUGACACAUUCAACUGUCUAGUAAAAUUUGAACAGUCUCUCUUAUCUACAGUACCGAUCAACGACAAAGAUUAUUUGGAUAUUAAUUUUACAUUAUAUUUCAAUGAGAAAGAUUUAAAUCCAAUUAGUAAUUUAUUGUCAAUGAAUAUAAUUACUAAUUGUUUAUGGGAAUUAUUUGCCAAAAUAUCAGAGGAUUAUCUUUUUAUAAACCAAAAAUCUAAAGCUAUACAUACCUAUUUAACGUUUGGUAUGAAAACUACAUUGUACAAAACUGAUUACGAAUCACUGAACCAGAAUCCAGAAGUAGGUGCAAUUUUACACGAAAUAUUUAAGAACCUUGUAUUGUGCAGUAAAUAUAACAUCAUCAACAAAUUCUUAAAUAUUUAUUCCCAAUAUGAAUAUGCAGUGCUCACACGUGCUGGAAUUUAUAUUUACGAGUGCUAUGUGCUAAUUAAAUUUCAGCAGAUGAUGAAAAAAAUGGAUGAAUUUAGCGACAAUUUAAUGUUUGAUCUAUACAAGAUUCCGAGACCAUUUAUCAAUGAAAACGAAUUAUUGAUUGAUAUGAAUCAUAAGUACUUAAUGGUGUAUACUGGGUUUGAGAAUGAAUACUUGGAAUUCAAUGAAGUCUUAACUGUGGCAUGUGUACUUAGGCAAAACACAUCAAACCCUAAACGUUCAACGAAGGAAUGGUGA